UAGGCUGCUUCUAUAUCUAUUGUUCUACAUUCUCUGCAAUAUUCUCUUCCUUUUUGGUACAUUUUAUUCCAACUAGUUAUUCCUUUCUCACAGCAUCAACAUCGUCAGACUGUUCAAGGAACUGACGCUAAUUCAUCCUUUUGGAAAUUCCCAGAACAGACAAAUUUAUUUUAAAAAGGGGUAAUUUCUCUAGUGGAGAACCCAACAGGAAAAAAAAAAAAAAAGCUUUAAGCAUCAGUUGAAACGACUAAACCGGUGCUACCCCAUCCUCAACAUCCAUCUUCCUCCUCCAACAAUCAAUUCAACAUGGCUUCUCACAACAAUAGUCCUUACCUCUCCAUUUCACCAGUUCCCUCAUCCGGCAGCAGGCCAAUGGGUACGUUAUGCAACGCCUUGAACCGAUGCGCUAGAAAAGCCGAGGCCCUUGCUGACGACUUUUGGAACCACUUGAGGGUGAGCCCUAGUAUUACUGAUGCUGCAGUGGCAAGGAUUGCCCAAGGGACAAAGCUACUUGCAGAAGGAGGGCAUGAUAGGUUGUUCAGACAGACAUUUCAGAUCUUGCCAGGGGAAAAGCUCUUACAUUCAUACGUUUGCUAUCUAUCGACUUCCUCUGGACCAGUCAUCGGUACUCUUUACAUAUCCAAUAAAAGAAUAGCGUUUUGUAGUGAUUAUCCCCUUUGUUAUUAUGAUGCACCAGGUUACCAGCACUGGAUGUAUUAUAAGGUGGUGAUUGAGCUUGAUAAGUUGGCUACAGUCGAUCCUUCGGCAAACAGAUUGAACCCUUCCGAAAAAUAUAUUCAUAUGAUUACCAGAGAUGGCUACGAAUUUUGGUUUAUGGGGUUUAUAUCAUACGACAAGGCACUCAAAUGUAUAAAUGAAGCUUUGCAGCACAGUUGCCGCACAUUAUCACUGUUCUAAGACAGUCACUCAGGUCUUUAGUAUAGAGAAAGUGGCAUAUGUGGCCAUUGGAUAUUGCUGAAGUGAUAGAGACGAAUCGGAUAUAUAAAUAUUCUUAUCUUUUACUUACAAGUUACGAGGUCGAGGAUCUGUUUAGACAAUUGCACUAGUUUGUCUUUGUGUUAUUAAAGGUUGCAAAAAGAUUGUUUAUCUUGGUUAAGGUGGGUAUCUGAUCUUAUGACUGCUGAAAAGGUGGAUGUUAUGUUCGAGAUGGGGUUGGGGGAGAGGAAAUUAAUGAAUGAUGGCCUCAUGGGUGUAUGUAUUGGUCCUUAUAUCUGUUUCUUCCCUCUUUUUCUUGUACUAUACUACUAUUAGAUUGCUUUUUUAAAAGAAAAACUACUAUUAGAUGCUCA